AAUCCUACCCUAAAAAGCAACAUUAGAUCAAUUUCCACGAACAUCUCUUCAUGACAUGCAAUAAAUAAAAGUUACAAUUACAAAUUUCACCUGUCCAACAUACCUGGACCUUUCUCCUAGCAUCAAAAAAUGUCUGAUCCAACACCAUACAAAAUCAACGUUCCAAAAUCCCAAAUAAAGCACCUCCACCAGAAACUCGCAGCCGCAGACUUCCCCGACGAACUAGAUGCUGCCGACCAAUGGGCUUACGGGGCGCCUUUAUCAGAUAUCAAACGCCUGGCAACGUACUGGAAGGACAGCUUUGACUGGCGGAAAGCAGAGACCAAGUUGAACGAAUUGCCGAACUUUAGGACGAAGGUGGAUGUGAGUGGGUUUGGGGAGAUCGAUCUGCAUUUUGUGCAUCGGAGGAGUGAGGUUGAUGGCGCGGUGCCGUUGCUGUUUGUUCAUGGGUGGCCUGGCUCUUUCAUCGAGGUCACAAAGAUACUACCUCUUCUAGAGGGCAAGGAUGGAGGACCAGCUUUUCACGUUGUAGCUCCAUCACUUCCAAACUUUGGAUUCAGUGAACGUGUUACGAAACCUGGAUUUGCCUUAAGUCAGUAUGCGGAAACAUGCAACAACUUGAUGCACUCCUUGGGCUAUGACAACUACGUCACACAGGGCGGCGACUGGGGCUUCUGGAUCACUCGAGCUAUAGGAAUCUUGUAUCCAGAGUCAUGUUUAGCAUCGCAUAUCAACAUGAUCCGCGCGAGUCCGCCAUCGUUUACUUCACACCCCGCCCUCGCGCUUCAACACUCUGUGACGCCGUACACCGAACGCGAAAAGCAGGGGAUCGAGCGUAGCCAGUGGUUUCUGGAAGAAGGGCAGGCGUACCGCCAGCUCCAGACUACAAAACCACAGACACUGGCAUAUGCCUUCGCGGACUCUCCUGUAGCUUUACUCGCGUGGAUAUAUGAGAAAUUACACGAUUGGACAGAUGAUUAUCCCUGGACUGACGAGGAGAUCUUGACUUGGAUAAGUAUCUACUGGUUUAGUACCGCGGGUCCCAAUGCACACGUUCGAAUCUACUACGAGGCAAUGCACAAUCCGACAGAAAAGAUACCAGAUCGCAAUAGAGCUACGGAGUGGGUGGGCAGAGUGAAAUUGGGGUUGGCGCAUUUUCCCAAGGAGUUAAGCGUUGUGCCUCGACUUUGGGGACACACUUUGGGUCCGGUCGUUUAUGAAAGUGUCAAUGAGAGAGGCGGCCAUUUCGCUGCAUGGGAGCGCCCCGAUGCGAUAGCAACAGACCUUCGGAAAAUGUUUGAAAAGGGUGGCCCAUGUUUCGGUAUUGUGAAAGGCAAAAGUGGUUACUAAGAGGUGGCCGAAUUCUAAUGAAGAAGGAUCAAAACCUGGAGGGACUGAUCCUACCUGAGAGAGGCAUACCAAACUGAACAAUGCCCAUGCGCUGGUCACUGGAAGCAUACGACGAACCGAAUUGUGUUACUGAUGGUCAAUGGGAUGGUCAAAGUGAACAGACUGCUAAGACAUAGUUUUAGCCCACAAAACUAUGAAGGAC